AUGAAGAUUGUUAGACAAUAUUACAAAGAAAAGGGUGAAAUGGAUAGACUUAUUUUCGUUAGUCGUGAACAAUCAUACCACGGUUAUACGAUUGGAGCUAUGUCUCUUAGUGAGUCUUCCAGAAAGGCACCUUUUAGAGAAGUUACUUUGGCAGCUUGGCAAGCUCCAAAAGUUGCACCUUGUUAUCCUUACCGCCAUAAGAAAGACGGAGAAUCACUUGAAAAAUAUAAAGAUAGAUUAUUAAAGGAAGUUGAAGAGACUUUCUUAUCUCUCGGCCCAUAUAAAAUUGCGGCCUUUGUUUGUGAAACACUUCCGGAUCGACUUUUGGAACUUCCCCUGCGGCCCCGGGUUAUUUGA